AUACUUGAAUCUGUAGUGUACCAUCGACACUGAAGACCCUUGUUGCUGCGCCUGAAAUACAGGGCGAAGAAGGUGAUGGCCCGUACCGUGCGCUCGCGACGAAAGAUGGCAAACACAACAGAUACUGCCACAGUAACUGGGAGCAGUCUUCUCUCAACAACAACCUCAACGUCUUUUAUUGAUGCGACAAAUACGUCAUACCCGUCAUACCCGUCAUACCCGACAACGUCAUAUCCGACUGAGAGCUACAGUAGCUUCAACUAUAGCAGUUUAGCCAACAGUUUUGCUGUAGGGGGUUACUCUCUAGAUGACCUAAACUACACAGAGCUUUGGAUCGACGUUUGGAAUAAUACUGAGGCCAGUAAUGUUACAGAGAGACUAAAUUCAACGGUACUACCAUCCGGUGGUUAUUGCGAUGAGUGGGAAGCCGCACAACACAAGCUUUUUCAGGCUGCAAAUUUAUUUUUUGCUGCGGCAUUUAUCGUACCACGAUCAUUCAAAGCAUCUGUGCUGGCACUACGUACAUUUCUGACAGCUGGAUUUAUGCUGGCAGCACUGUGGGCAGGAAUGACUAUUUGUGCAUUAGACGCAAUGCUCUGGUCUCUAGCAUUGGGACUAUUGAAUGGGGUUCAUUCUCUUAUACUCGCGUGUCGUUUUUUACCACCAGCACUGAGUCCAGAACUAGCCGAGCUGUAUCUUAAGCUCUUUAAGCCUUAUCGUGUCAGUAAAAAACACUUUCAAGAGCUUGCUAAGGAAGCAAGGAUACUUAAACUUGAUCCAGGUCAGACUUACGCCACUGAGGGUGUAUCACCAGCUGACGAAAGACUUUCUAUUCUUUUACGGGGCAAUCUAAAUGUGACAUGUGAAGGUACACACUUGCAUUACGUUAAAUCUUAUCAAUUUGUCGAUUCACCAGAAUGGGAAGCAACACAUGAAAAUAUUGAUGAUGUAUUUCAAGUAACGAUAAGAGCUGAGGAAUCAAGUACAUAUAUUUGUUGGACAAGACUGAAAUUAUUACGUGUCCUUAGGCAUCGGCCAUUACUUAAAGUCGUACUUAAUACACUUAUCGGCAAGGAUAUUACCUCAAAGCUUUAUGCAUUAAAUGAACAAUUAGCUGGUUUUGUUACGACCCAAGAACAGACUAAUAGCAGUAAUCCUUAUCGUGGUAUGGCUCGAAGUAUGAGCGUCGAUGCUGUUAAUACUGAGACUGCGGGAAGAGUUAGAUCUACAACCUGGAAAACACAACGGAGACAUAGUAAUCCACGAAGUUCACCUCAACGUGUUUCAAAUCAAUACUGGACGCCAGUUGUUGCUAAUCAUUUUACACCAUCAUCUCCAUUUAUUUCAGUCCAACAAAAUGUUGGUUAUUCAUUAAUACCACAAAGUGUUAAAUUUUCAUCACCGCCACCACCACCGCUACCACGUCUACCUGUCACUACACAUCCGCCAUUAAUAAGACAACGCAGUGCCGGUGGACCCGGUGGUGACUAUACAUUACUCCCACAAACGCCAAAACUCGAACGCAAACGAUCUAAAAAAGCUACCAGAGAGGUAACCUUUGAGACACCUGUAUGACGUUCGCUUGACGGGGAGGGUCCAGCAAGUGUCCCACUUCUAUCGUUUUCACCGAAACGCACUGGAACCUAGCCCCGUCAGUAUUUCAACUAUCACAGUCAUCAAUAUAUUGUUAUUAUCAUUAUUAUUAUUACUGACACUAUUUGUAUAAAAAAAAAUACGUUUAAUAGUAUAUCUUUAUAUUUAUUAACACAUCUAAGAUAAAAAUAAUAAUGAUAAUAAUAUUAUUUAGGCAAAGUGGCCUAAAUGCAGUUAAUGAGAAAGUGAUCUUCCAUACGACGUUAAGUGACAAGUGAUUUUUAAAUAUUUAAACGAUAUAAAAAAAAAUAAUAAUAAUUAAGAACAAAAGUUACUUUAAAUUUAUUUAUAUAUUUUUUGCGGACUUUUUAAAUUAGUACGGCAUGAUAACAGCGCACUCGCAUCAUGAGAGCAGCCAAAAACGUCAAACUUUGGUAACUAUCGAUCGUGUGCCAUUGAGAAAUAAAGGAUGGAGAUUAAUUUUGGAGUGAUAGCCAAAAAAAACGUCAGUCGAUUUAUAGUGAUGAGAAAACUUUUUUGGGUAUAACAAAGUAAAAAAUUUUUAUUUAAGCUAAUAAUAAUUAAUA